GGCGACGGGGCCGGAGGAGGUGAGUUGAGCGUCGCGGAGCAAGGCCGAGAGGGCUGGAGCGGGACUUCGGGGGCUGCCCGGGCAGAGUUUUCCGCUUCCAGAGGCUGGCGAGAUACGGGUCUAUAGACAGGACGACACCUCCUGAACCCAAAUCCCUCGGGGGUGUCCAAAAACCGGCGGGGAAUGAAGAUGAUGGUAGCAGCUUGAGGGAUCCCUCCGCUGACUUGCACGGUGGUUAAGCACAAGGGCUUUGUGGGCACAGCCUGGAGUUGGCUCGGAAGCCCUGCACCGGAGCGAUGGCCGCCGAGUUGAGGCCCGAGACGCAGCUGGAAGAGAUGGUGUGGGAGCCUUACGCCCAUGUGGUGGCUCUCCGCUCCGCCACGGGUUUGGAGGUGAAGCUGGGCUCUUUGGCUCUGCUGCUGGUGGUCACCCUCUUGUGUGGGUUCCUUCCUCUGUGGGUCUUCCGGCGGCCGGGAGCCACAACCAGCUCCUCAGAUUCCCGAAGGAAGGUUUUAAGCCUGGUGAGCUGUUUCGCUGGAGGUGUCUUCCUGGCUACGUGUCUCCUGGACUUGAUCCCUGAUUACCUGGCCGGUAUUAAUGAGGCCUUCAACAACUUGAGAGUCACGCUCCAUUUCCCCCUGCAAGAGUUCAUCUUGGCCAUGGGCUUCUUCCUAGUCCUGGUCCUGGAGCAGAUCGUCCUGGCCUACAAAGACCCGGCGGGAUCCCUGGAAGAGAACCAGGCCCUCCUUGGCUCGGCCGCGAACCCCUCUGCCUCCAUCCAGGACCACAGCUGGCCUGACGGGCCGCUGUUGCACCAGCACGGCCGGGACCGCCCCCACGUCCACGUAGACUUCAACGCCCACUCGGCCAUCCGCUCGGUCGUCCUCCUCCUGGCCCUCUCGCUGCACUCCGUCUUCGAGGGGCUGGCUGUGGGGCUGCAGGAGGAGGGGGCCCAGGCGCUGGAGAUCUGCCUGGCCCUGCUGAUCCACAAGGGCGUCAUCGCCUUCAGCCUCAGCCUCAAGCUCCUGCAGGGGCGGCUACGCCCCCGCGUGGUGGCGGCCUGCCUUGUCCUCUUCGCCAUCAUGUCCCCCCUGGGCAUCGGGCUGGGCGUGGUGCUGACGGAGACCCCCGUGGCAGCCCUCCACCAGCUGUCACGCUGCGUCCUCGAGGGCCUGGCCACCGGCACCUUUGUGUACAUCACCUUCCUGGAGAUCCUGCCCCACGAGCUCAACUCCUCUGAGCAGCGCAUCCUCAAAGUCAUUGUCCUCCUGGCAGGUUUUGCACUCGUCACCAGCAUCCUGUUCAUCAAGAUCUGAGGAGGAGGAGGAGGAGCAUGGGUAUGGUUGGGUGGGUGAAGAGAUGCCCUCGAUCUGUGUCCUAAGUUCACUCACGGAUCCCUUCGGACCCAAACCGCGCAGGGCUUUGACUUUCAGAAACUCGAGGGAGGAGGUUGAACCCAAGGCAGGCAAGCAAUAAUUUUAACAGACAUCCCCAACGCUCUCCAUUCAGAGGCAAAAAUAGCAGAAAACAGAGACAGUCCGGUGACAUGGAGAGGGCGACAACACACACACGCUAUUCCUGUUAUGUUAUCCCCUCCAGAAUUCAUCCUACUCUGUGGAUUUCCCCCUGCUGUGGGGUUCCUAUACGUUAGAACCCAGGUCCAAAACUUGAGAUAGACAGGCUUAUCUCCUUUUUAAAGAUUCUACCCCCUUCCUCUGAAAAUAGGAACGCUGUUUUAGACCUGCCCUCUGACUGCUCCCACAAUCUCAGGCUGUGCUCUAGUCCUGCUUGCCUGGGGCAACUGCAGUUGGGCGCAAGGUCAGAGUGGUCUGGUGGGGUGUUAAGUGCUCACACCCUCUUGUGAGUACAUAGCUAUGAAAAUAUAACCAUGGCCAAAUUUGGCGUGGGGGUGGCGGCUUGAUAAUCCUUCCCUGGGUUUUAAGAAUUUAAGCAGGUCUCUGAAACGGGCAGUCUGGCUUUAUCUGUCGUCCUCUGCAUGCUGGAGCAAGGGGGGAGAGUUCGAAUGCUGUGCCCUGGGGGAAUAACAACACAACUGUUGUGCGAUUGGAAUAUCGUUGCACCGGCUGGUCGCAUGGUCUUUCGAGCAACUGAGUGGUCACCACCCCUCCUUAUGCGUUUCCUUGCACAACAACACCCUUUCUGGUGUGGUUGAUACCGCAAAGUUAAUGUACCCAGGACUCUUGCUGUAUGCAACCCUUUGCCAUGUUUCACAAAUCAGUGUGUGUAUCUUUUAAAAACAAAAACAAAUCUGGUUUUCUGGUGCCAAAAUACCUCUCUGCCACCUCCACAGCUUGUUAACCGUCUUGCCUUAAAAUGUUGGUGCCUUGACUGUUUCAAAAGGGCUCACCAACCGUAGUGUGUGUGUGUGUGUGUGUUUUGUACCGUGUGGUUGGUUGGGUUGAGUGAGUCAAACACUUUUUACAUUUUGGUUGCCUCCUUUCCUUGACCAGCCAAGCACUUUGCAGGGGAACAUUUCGGGGCCACCUUUGGUGUUGUUUUUUUUUGGGGGGGGCGACUCUUGCAAUUCCUGUCUUAAGUGCCAAAGGUUUUUUUUUCUCACCUGCCCGGGGUGGGGUGGGGCAAUUCUGUGGAUUUUGCUCAAGUGAAAGUUGUGCAAAACGAGUGUUGUGGAUCAACUGACGCAGACACAGCUUUUAUUGGGGAAAUGAUUCUCUUCCAUUGAAGCAUGUGAGGCUGAGAGAGACAAAUGUAAAAUAGCUGUGUUCGUGAAUCUGCUGUAAGCUUGCUUGAUGCAGAGAGAAUCAUCUAGGAGGUAUCUUUCAUUAAACUGACAUGUUUUAGAAUCAA